UGUACAGCUGCCUAGUAUUUUGUGCACCACAAAACCGAACAACACAAACUAACUCAAUGUAAGCUAUGUAUAUGUGUGUGCUUAUAAAUAAGCCAACGAACGGAGUGACUAUUGUUUUCGAUCGGACGUCGUCGACUCAUUAGGUUGUCAAGUUGUAAAUAUGCGUCAAAUUUUGACGUUUCAUCAGUGAAACAGAUGUUCUAAGCUUUCGAGUGCGUGACUCCUAAAGAAAAAUUAUUCUCUAAGCUGCAGGGCUUAAUGGAAGGUGGCGUAAUGGAUAGUCCUGACAGCACAACUAGUAGGUCGGAGGAUGAUGUGGCACUUCAGGGCUGCUUUAGUCCUCGGAGGCCAAUGUUUAGAUUCAUGGGACUGGCUCUUAUGUGUUUAUUAGGCUUUGGUUCCUACUUUUGCUAUGACAACCCUGGAGCACUUCAGAAUAAUUUCAAGUCUGAUUUGGAUAUGUCAACUAAAAAAUUUGUUUUGUUGUAUUCAAUCUAUUCAUGGCCUAAUGUUAUACUUUGUUUUAUUGGAGGAUUUUUAAUUGAUGCAGUUUUUGGUAUAAGAUGGGGAACAAUCAUUUAUAUGUCAUUGACAAUGAUUGGUCAGCUCAUGUUUGCUCUUGGAGCAUUUGUGGAUACAUUUUGGCUAAUGAUGCUGGGGAGAUUUGUGUUCGGAAUUGGAGCCGAAUCAUUAGCAGUUGCACAAAAUAGCUACGCAGUAUUGUGGUUCAAAGGCAAAGAAUUAAAUUUAGUAUUUGGCUUACAAUUGAGCUUUGCAAGGGUUGGCUCAACUGUGAAUUUUGUAGUUAUGGAUGAUAUCUAUAACUAUGUAUCUAAAACCCUGCAAUACUCAGGUCCUAAAUGCAUUGGAGCAGUUUUAUUUAUUGCUGCUUUAACUUGUGUGCUUUCUAUGGUUUGUGCACUACUAUUAGGUUUAAUGGAUAGUCAUGCUGAAAAAGUCUUAAGACGUAACGAAGGUGCUCCUCCAGAAAUAGCUAGAAUUACCGAUGUAAAGGAUUUCAAAGGAGUUUUUUGGCUUGUUGCUUGGAUUUGUGUAGCUUAUUAUAUAGCUAUAUUUCCCUUCAUUUCAUUAGGAAAAGUUUAUUUCAUAAGGAAAUAUGGAUUUGAACCUGCAGCAGCAAAUACGGUGAAUUCACUGGUUUAUUUUAUAUCUGCUGUUGCAUCCCCAAUUUUUGGUAUCGUAGUAGAUAAAAUGGGCAAAAACAUUUUUUGGGUGGUUUUAAGUAUAACUGGCUCUUUAAUAGCACAUGGACUGCUAGCAUUUACAUAUGUAAGCCCAUAUGUAUGCAUGGUGAUAUUAGGUCUUUCUUAUUCUAUGCUUGCUAGUGGUUUGUGGCCUUUAAUAACAUUAAUUAUACCUGAUCAUCAACUUGGUACUGCCUAUGGAAUUGCACAAGCAUUACAAAACUUAGGUUUGGCUGUUACUUCAAUAGUUUGUGGAAUAAUUGUUGAUAAUCAUGGCUACUUCAUGCUUGAAUUAUUUUUCCUAGGAUGGCUAUGGAUAUCGCUUAUUACCGCUAUAGUCAUUUGGAUCACUGAUUCAAAUAAUACAGGUGGUUACCUCAAUAUGACACCGAAACAACGUGAACAUUCUGACAAGAAUCCACUCGCACCAAUUAAUACAGAACGUGAACAGCUGUUAUCUGGUAACGCAGGUGGUGGUUCAACAUCAGAUUUAUCAGGGGAUGAUUUACUUCAGCCUCAAUCAGAUGAUCGUAUGCGAAAUCGAUAUUUAACGAAAGUUGGAGCUAAUGCCGGUAGCGGUGAUUUGACUGAUGAUGAAGGCGACACGUGACCUCUCUUUCACAUGCCAGUUAGACGUUAAAUGUGUGUGAACUUUAGUUCUUAAAGAUUCUUCAUAAGUACUGACAUGUCCAGGUACAAACAGGAUGUUGAAUGUUUUUUCUGUGUACCUGAUUACUCUACUUUUCUUGCAUUUACGAAAAAAAGAUGAGGCUUUAAUAAUUAUCAAAUGUUAUUCUGAUAUCUUUAUAUGAAUGAAGAUUAUAAUGUGCUUUAAAUGAGAGAGAAUAAUUGUGAUAGAAAUAUGCACAAUCUUGGUUCACUUAGGGUGCUUAUUUAUAAGUACAUGUGGUAUUGAGAAAAGGAGAAAGAGGGACAGCCUGUAUAUCACUGUGUCUUCCUGCAUUUGCACAGAAUGUAUGUGUAUCUGUGAUGUCUUUAUCUUUGUUAUACAUAUAAAAUAUAAAUGUAUGUAUGCAGUUUUCUGUUUAAAAAAAGAGUUUGUAUUGUAGAAAUGGUGCUUUCAAUUCAAAGCAUUUAACGAUAAAGACAAACAUAUUGAUCUUGGUCCAGAAAUGAUUAUUUAUAAUAUAUUUGAAGGUUCAUUUUACAUGCAUCUUCAAUGAUUUAUGUAUAAACUAUACAUAUUUAUAUCAUAUUAUUGAAAAGAAGAAAAAGAAAGAGAAAUGAAAUGGGAAAGAAUGUAAGAAGUAGUACAUAUCUGUAUUAAUACGUUAAAGAUCUGCUAUAUUAAGUAUCGACAGCAUUUAAUUGUAUUAUAUUUAUAUAUUUGAAAAAAAAAUAUUAACUUAUUUAAGUGUGAACAAUUUAUUAAUAUGUAUAAACAAAAAUUGUAAAAUUUAAUUGUGCUUUCAUGAAUAAUGUUGUAAACUAUACACAAAAAAUUGUAACAGAAUACAAACUAUGCAUAAUAACAAAGGAGACAUAAUAUAUAAUAUAAAAUUAUCAAAAGAUUUAUCUAAAUAUAAUGUACGUUGAAUGAUAUAUAAAUAUUAAUAAAUGUUGUCAAAUAUUCGUACACGCAAAA